ACAGUAACUAAAGCAUAACAUUGUGUUAUGGUUGUAAUGAUAAACAAGAGUAAGCUUUUUGAUUGUUUUUGUUAAUAAUCUUUAAUUUGAUUUAAUUGUCAGCUCAUCAUUUCUUUUAAUAAUCAUAAAUUAUUGUUAAAUUUAACGGUUUUAUCAUUGUGACCCUUUUCCUCGGACAUCAUUGUGUUGUUUUCAUCUCUACAUUACAUCUUCACCAAUGUUCCAACAUACAACGGAACCCAAUACAAACAAUGACUCGAGGAGAAAUGAUAUUAGUGAAAUUUUACAACAGAUAAUUAACAUAAGUGACCAAAGUUUGGAUGAGGCACAAGCCCGGAAACACACACUCAAUUGUCACCGAAUGAAAUCGGCCCUUUUUCACGUGUUAUGUGAGAUAAAGGAGAAAACAGUUUUGAGCUUAAGAAAUACCCAGGAAGAGGAACCACCUGAUCCAUCUCUUAUGAGAUUAGAUAAUAUGCUAAUGGCAGAAGGAGUGGCGGGUCCAGAGAAGGGUGGAGGUCAGGCUGCAGCAGCAAAUGCUUCAGCAGCUUCAGCAACCGGACAAUCAGGAGGAGAAACGGCGAUUGAACAUUCUGAUUAUAGAGCAAAGCUUGCACAAAUAAGAUCAAUAUACCACCAAGAAUUGGAAAAAUAUGAGCAGGCCUGCAAUGAAUUCACAACCCAUGUGAUGAAUCUUUUACGAGAACAAUCUCGGACAAGGCCGAUAACACCGAAAGAAAUUGAAAGAAUGGUACAGAUAAUCCAUAAAAAGUUUAAUCAAAUACAAAUUCAGCUCAAACAAAGUACCUGUGAAGCUGUAAUGAUACUCCGUUCGAGGUUUCUGGAUGCAAGAAGGAAACGUCGUAACUUCAGUAAACAAGCAACCGAAAUUUUAAAUGAAUAUUUCUAUUCACACCUGAGUAACCCUUACCCAAGUGAAGAAGCCAAGGAAGAGUUAGCCCGUAAAUGCGGUAUCACAGUGUCACAAGUAUCUAAUUGGUUUGGUAAUAAAAGGAUAAGAUAUAAGAAAAAUAUUGGUAAAGCUCAAGAGGAAGCUAACCUGUAUGCUGCCAAAAAAGCAGCUGGUUCACCUCCUUACCCUGGGAACAUGAUGAGUCCACCACCUCCACCCGGAAGUGCUAGUAGCCAAGAGGGUUGGUUGGUCAACGGGUGCGACUACGGCCAAGGACAUUAUUAAUAGGUCUCUCUCUCUCUCUCUCCAAUCCCUUCCCAAUCUCCCGACUCUUCAUCUCUUCCUAUCUGUAUGUCAUAAUGUGUGUGUCUCUUCCUCAUCUUUCCUGGCAAACAAGCAAAACAAAUGUAAUUCAAACUAAACUCUUUCUCUUCACUCUUUCCAAUCUUCCUCUCUCCAUGUCUAUCAUCAUGUCUAAUCUCUCUUUUUGUUUGAGAGAGUAUUCUUAAUCAAUUUACAGAUCCAACUCUCUCCUUCUCCUUCUCUCUCUCUCUCUUUCUCAUUGGACAAUGUAGAUUAAUCACUUUAAAUAAUAAUUUAAUUCCAAUAAAAUUCCAAUGCUAUUUAAAAUUCUUACCAAACACUAUCAAUCCUGGUUAUACAUUUACAUUACAUUAUACAUUAUCAUUAAACUAUGUAAAAAAUUU